AUGGGCGUCUACUCGAGCCCUUCCAAUCAACGCCCUAGGAGGGGCUCGAGCCAGCCGGACAAUGGCGCGUCCAAUGGGAUGAAGGCUCCCUCCCAAAAUCGCCGGGAUCCGACCCGUUUCAACAGGACUCCAGUCUGCAUCCGGCGGGUCCACCUGUGUACAAAGCCAUCUCGCCGCUUUCAGAACUGCACCGACCGCUCCUCACUGAAGCGCUCCGAGCGCUCGUCCGCGCGAGCUAGGCGCAAAGGCGGCCGUCCCCCCAUGCCUUCCCGGUUCCCGAUUAUGCGACUGGCUUCCUUUUCCCGCCCGGGAGCCCGUUCGCCUUUCUGCAGGUGGUUCACCCUGUUGACCUGCCUUCAGCUCUGCCUGGGGCAACCGGUGCCCCGUGGAAUCUCCCGCAGCUGCUGCACCGGCGAGUGCUGUGGUAGCAGCCCGGAGCGAUGCUGCCUUUGUACCUGGACCAGAAAAGGCUGCCCGAGAGCCCUUUCGGCGGUUUCAGCAGCUCGGACAGCUCCCUGGGCUUUUCCGGGAGCCAAUCCGAGCGUCAGCUGGAAAAGGCGCGAUCUCCUCUUUUCUUUCCGUCCGUUCGACUCGACCAAAGGCUGUUUACAAACUCUUUGCUUUGAGGUGAAUUUUAGGAGUCCAUCCAUCCCGGGAUUCUUUCCCUCCCUGCCGUUAAAAGCCCCUCAUCCAGCUCUGCACAGUGAAAUAAACUAUUCCACGUGGGGCAAGAAAAGGAGGGGAAGAGAAGGGGCGCCUCUGCCCUUGCUGAGGGUCCGGAGGGCAGCGAAUCGUCACCCACUCUUCCCUCAGUAUAAUUACCAAGUCCAGGUGGCUGAAAACCAGCCUUCAGGCACGCCAGUGAUAACGGUGGCAGCCCAAGACUCUGAUUCCGGGGACGCUGGGCGGCUAGUCUAUUCCAUGGAUGCUCUGAUGAACAGCAGAUCUCUGGAACUGUUCAGCAUUGAUUCCCAAAAUGGCCUCAUCAGUACCACCGAAGUUUUGGAUAGGGAAAACAUGGACCUGCACUACUUCCGAGUAACUGCUAUAGAUCACGGGGUUCCCCGUCUCUCUGCCACCACCAUGGUUGCUGUCACAGUUGCAGAUAGAAAUGACCACAAUCCAGUAUUUGAGCAGAGUGAGUACAGAGAGACCAUCCGGGAAAACGUAGAAGAAGGCUAUCCCAUUUUGCAGCUGAGGGCCACCGAUGUGGACUCUCCACCCAAUGCCCAUAUCCGAUAUCGAUUUGUCAACGAACAAGCUGCUCAUUCAGUCUUUGAGAUAGAUUCACGGUCAGGGCUGAUCACUACUAGUGGGCAAGUAGAUAGGGAGAAAAUGGAAAAGUAUUCCUUGGUGGUGGAAUCAAACGAUCAAGGUAAGGAGCCUGGCCCUCUCUCCUCCACAGUUAGAGUGUACAUAACAGUUCUUGAUGAAAAUGACAAUGUCCCACAAUUUAGUGAAAAGCGGUAUAUAGUCCAGGUAAGAGAAGAUAUAAGGCCCCAUUCAGAAAUUUUAAGAGUCACCGCCACUGAUUUAGACAAAGACAACAAUGCUUUAGUCCAUUAUAACAUCAUCAGUGGUAAUAGCAGGGGGCAGUUUUCAAUUGACAGUGUGACUGGGGAAAUACAGGUGGUAGCUCCUUUGGAUUUUGAAGUUGAGCGAGAAUACGCCUUGAGGAUCCGUGCCCAGGAUGCAGGGCGUCCUCCUUUGUCCAAUAACACCGGCAUGGUUAGCAUCCAAGUAGUGGACAUUAACGAUCAUGCUCCUAUCUUUGUCAGCACCCCUUUUCAAAUAUCUGUCUUAGAAAAUGCCCCUUUGGGCCAUUCAGUAAUCCACAUUCAGGCCGUGGAUGCAGAUUAUGGAGAGAACUCACGCAUUGAGUACAAGCUCACUGGCAUUGCUUCUGAUACCCCCUUUGUAGUGAAUAGUGCCACCGGCUGGAUUACUGUGAGUGGCCCUUUGGAUCGAGAGACUGUUCAGCACUACUUUUUUGGGGUAGAAGCCCGGGACCACGGCUCUCCUUCUUUAUCUGCUUCUGCUAGUGUCACUAUUACUGUCAUGGAUGUAAAUGAUAACCGGCCCGAAUUUACCCAGAAAGAAUAUCUCAUUCGCCUCAAUGAAGAUGCUACGGUGGGGACUAGUGUUCUUAGCGUAACAGCAAUUGACCGGGAUGUGAAUAGUGCCAUCAGCUAUCAGAUAACAGGUGGGAACACACGGAACCGUUUUGCUAUCAGUACUCAAGGAGGAGUGGGAUUAAUCACUCUCUCUUUGCCCCUGGAUUACAAACAAGAGAGGCGGUUUGUGCUAACAGUGACAGCCUCUGACCGGACCUUGCACGACAACUGCCAUGUUCACAUCAACAUUACAGACGCCAACACUCACAGGCCGGUGUUCCAGAGUGCCCAUUAUUCAGUAAACGUUAAUGAGGACCGUCCAAUUGGUAGCACGGUGGUAGUGAUCAGUGCCACGGAUGAUGAUGUUGGAGAAAAUGCCAGGAUUACCUACUACUUGGAAGACAAUAUCCCCCAGUUUCGGAUUGAUGCAAACACGGGUGCCAUCACCCUGCAGGCAGAGCUGGAUUAUGAGGACCAAGUGACCUACACCCUGGCCAUUACAGCAAAAGACAAUGGGAUCCCCCAGAAAGCAGACACCACCUACGUGGAAAUCAUGGUGAACGAUGUCAAUGAUAAUGCCCCUCAGUUUGUGAGUGCUCACUACCAAGGCGUCAUCUCCGAGGACAGCCCUCCCUUCACAAGUGUGCUCCAGAUCUCUGCCACUGACAGGGAUGCCCACGCCAAUGGACGGGUGCAGUACACCUUCCAGAAUGGAGAAGAUGGGGAUGGGGAUUUCAUUAUCGAGCCCACCUCAGGGAUUAUUCGGACCAUCCGCAGGCUGGACCGAGAAAGCAUUCCUGUUUACGAACUUACUGCCUAUGCCGUGGACAGGGGAAUGCCUCCCCAAAGAACCCCUGUCCAUAUUCAAGUGUCGGUGCAAGACAUUAAUGACAAUGCUCCAGUCUUCCCAGCUGAGGAAUUUGAAAUCUUUGUGAAGGAAAAUAGCAUUGUGGGUUCUGUCGUGGCCCAGAUCACAGCCCUGGAUCCAGACGAAGGACCCAAUGCCCAGAUUAUGUACCAGAUUGUGGAAGGCAAUAUCCCUGAAAUCUUCCAGAUGGACAUAUUUUCGGGCGAGCUCACUGCCCUCAUUGAUUUGGAUUAUGAGACCAAGCCUGAGUAUGUCAUUGUGGUUCAGGCCACUUCUGCUCCCCUUGUCAGCAGAGCGACAGUCCACAUCAAACUCAUUGACCAGAAUGACAACAGUCCCGUUCUGAAAAAUUUCCAGAUCCUCUUUAACAACUACAUCUCCAACAAAUCCAACACUUUUCCUUCCGGUGUGAUAGGGAAGAUCCCUGCCUAUGACCCAGAUGUGUCUGAUAGACUGUUUUACACCUUUGAACGUGGGAAUGAACUGCACUUGUUAAUUGUCAACCAGACUAGCGGGGAAUUCAGACUCAGCCGUAAACUGGACAACAAUCGUCCCUUAAUGGCCUCCAUGUUGGUGACUGUCACAGAUGGGAUCCACAGUGUGACAGCCCAGUGUGUCCUGCGGGUCAUUGUCAUCACCGAAGACAUGUUGGCAAACAGCAUCACAGUGCGCCUAGAGAACAUGUGGGAGGAGCGUUUCUUGUCCCCUCUUCUCACCAACUUUCUAGAGGGUGUGGCUACUGUGCUGGCCACACCCAAGGAGGAUGUCUUCAUCUUCAACAUCCAGAAUGACACAGACGUCGGAGGACAAGUGCUGAACGUCAGUUUCUCGGCAAUGUCGCCCCGGAGUGGCCACUUUUUUAGUUCAGAAGAGCUUCAGGAACAGCUGUACAUGAAACGCAUGACCCUCACCUCAGUCUCCAUGCUGGAAGUAUUGCCCUUCGAUGACAACGUUUGCCUUCGCGAGCCCUGCCAAAACUAUAUGAAGUGCAUCUCAGUGCUCAGGUUCGACAGCUCGUCUCCUUUCAUCGCCUCCCUCUCCACCCUCUUCCGACCCAUCCACCCUAUCACAGGCUUGCGCUGCCGCUGCCCUCAAGGCUUCACAGGUGACUACUGUGAAAUGGAGAUUAACCUCUGCUAUUCCAACCCCUGCCUCAAUGGCGGAAUCUGCACCCGCAAGGAAGGAGGUUACACCUGCAUCUGCCGCCAGCACUUCACAGGUGAUAAUUGUGAAGUGGAUAGCCGGGCAGGACGUUGUGUUCCUGGCGUGUGUAGGAAUGGAGGCACUUGUACCAACUCUGCAGAUGGAGGCUUCCAAUGUCAAUGUCCACCCGGGGGCUUUGAAAAACCAUUCUGUGAAGUAUCUGUACGCUCUUUCCCUCCCAAAUCUUUUGUCAUGUUUCGAGGUUUGCGCCAGAGGUUCCACCUGAGCCUUUCUCUUUCAUUUGCCACUGUAGAGCGUGGCGGUCUCUUAAUUUACAAUGGACGUCUGAAUGAGAAGCAUGACUUUCUGGCUGUAGAGAUUGUUGAUGGGCAGGUCCAGCUGAAGUACUCUACAGGGGAAUCAAGCACUGUUGUUUCUCCAUCUGUACCAGGAGGGGUUAGUGACGGUCAAUGGCAUACGAUGCAACUUCAUUAUUACAACAAGCCCAAAAUAAACUCCCUGGGUUCAGUGCAAGGGCCUUCCACAGACAAAGUGGCCAUUCUAACAGUGGACAAAUGUGAUACAUCUCUGGCACUACAGUUUGGCAACGAGAUUGGGAACUAUUCCUGUGCAGCAGAGGGAGUACAGUCCAGUUCCAAAAAAUCUCUGGACCUUACAGGGCCUUUGCUGCUUGGAGGGGUCCCCAAUCUGCCUGAAAAUUUUCCAGUGGAGCACAGAGAGUUUGUGGGCUGUAUGCGAGACUUGUACAUUGACAGUAAACACAUUGACCUGGCUUCCUAUAUCGCAAACAAUGGGACUUCCAUAGGCUGUCAUGCCAAGCACUCCUUCUGUGAUUCAAAUCCUUGCAAGAAUAGUGGCACCUGUAUUGUGGGUUGGUCUUCCUUUAUAUGCGAAUGCCCCAUCGGCUUUGGAGGCAAGGACUGCAGACAUGCUAUGCAUCAUCCCCACCAUUUCCAUGGCAACAGCAUUCUUUUCUGGGACUUCAGGAAUGAAGUUAAGAUUUCCACACCUUGGUAUAUGGGCCUAGCAUUCCGGACACGCCAAGCAAAUGGAGUGUUACUUCAGGCAAAUGCUGGCCAGUACACCACCAUACUCUGUCAGCUGGAUUCCGGCCUGCUCUCCUUCAUGGUGAAUAGGGGACCUGGACGCACUGCCAAGAUUCUUCUGGAUCAAAUGCAAUUGAAUGAUGGAGUAUGGCAUGACCUCCAAUUUCAUCUACAAGAUGCUCGAAGCGGCCAUGAGGCACGUUACAUUAUCACCCUCAGUCUGGAUUUCGGAUUCUACCAGGACACUGUAGUCAUUGGCAAGGAACUUCAAGGCCUGAAGGUGAAACAUCUCCAUGUUGGGGGAAUUCUAGAAUCUGGUAAAGUGCAUCAUGGUUUCAAAGGCUGCAUCCAGGGAAUCCACCUAGGUGACACGGCCACGGGAAAUGCACUGCCCAAGCCCAGCAGCACUGUGAACGUAGAAGCAGGAUGUACUGUGCCCAACCCUUGCGCAUCCAACCCUUGUCCGGCCAACAGUAUAUGUCAGGAUGAGUGGCAAAGCUUCUCCUGUGUUUGCAAGCCAGGAUAUUAUGGUGGGAGUUGUCUGGAUGCCUGUCAGCUGAACCCCUGCAAGAACAAAGCAAUGUGUAAGCGAAAGCUGGGUACUCCCCAUGGUUAUAUCUGUGAGUGUGGAGAAAAUCACUUUGGACAGUACUGUGAGCACAGGAUGGAUCAACAGUGUCCCAAGGGCUGGUGGGGGAAUCCAACAUGUGGGCCCUGCAACUGCGAUGCGGCCAAGGGAUUUGACCCGGACUGUAAUAAAACCAACGGGCAAUGUCAUUGUAAGGAAUUCCAUUACCACCCUAAAGGGAGCGACACCUGCCUGCCUUGCGACUGCUAUCCCGUUGGCUCUUCCUCACGGUCCUGUGAUCAGGAAAUGGGCCAGUGUCACUGUCGGCCAGGUGUGAUCGGCCGACAAUGCAACAGUUGUGAUAAUCCUUUUGCAGAAGUGACUCCCAGUGGCUGCCGGGUACUCUAUGAUGCUUGUCCUAAGUCUCUGAAAGCUGGAGUAUGGUGGCCUCAAACCAAGUUUGGCCUGCCAGCUAUACUGCCUUGUCCAAAAGGUUCACUAGGUGCAGCGGUUCGAUAUUGUGACCAGGAGAGAGGCUGGCUGGAACCGGAUCUGUUCAAUUGCACUUCACCUGCUUUCAAGGAGCUUUCAACAUUGCUGGAAAGCCUGGAGAAGAAUGAAACGGAACUGAACACCAUAGAAGCAAAAAAGUUGGCCCAUCAACUACGGGCAGUGACAGAACAGAUGGAGUCCUACUUUGGCAAUGAUAUUCAUAUUACCUACCGCCUGCUUUCCCACUUGAUGGCCUUUGAGAGCAGACAACAUGGUUUUGGGCUGACUGCUACCCAGGAUGCUCACUUCAAUGAGAACCUCCUCCAAGCUGGCAGCUCAGUGCUUGCACUGGAAAACCAGGAGCACUGGGACACCUUGUUGCAAAAUGAUCAGGGCACUGCAGCUCUGAUGGAACAACUGAAGGACUACUCGGGCACUUUGGCCAGCAACAUGAAGCUCACCUACCUCAAUCCUGUUGGUGUGGUGACCCCCAAUAUUGUGCUCAGCAUUGAUCGCAUGGAGAAUCACACCCAUCUCAGAAGACGCUAUCCACGUUAUCACAGUACCCUCUUCCGUGGCCAGGCCAUGUGGGAUCCCCAUACACAUAUAGUCCUCCCUCACUCCAUCCUCACCCCCCACAAAAUAGAAGCUCCCACCAUGACAAUAGCUGCAUUAAUUAAUACUGAGCCCAAUGUCACCAUGGAAAGUCCUCCCCCAAAGCAUUCUCUGCAAGAACCUGAGCCUGCUGUGACCAUCCUCAUUCUCAUCAUUUAUCGCACCCUUGGUGGACUUUUGCCUGCCCGCUACCAGGUGGAUCGGCGCAACCUUAGGUUGCCCAAAAACCCUGUGAUGAACUCCCCCAUUGUGACUGUAUCUCUGUUCAGCAACCACACUUUUCUGCAGAACAGUUUGGAGGAGCCACUCAUGCUAGAAUUCCGCCUGCUGGAGACAGCUAACCGCAGCAAGCCCCUCUGUGUUCAAUGGAAUCACUCUAGCCAGAUUGAGCCCACUGGCUUCUGGACAGCACGGGAUUGUGAACUUGUGCACCGAAACACCACUCAUGUCCGCUGCCAUUGCUCCCAAUUCGGUACUUUUGGGGUGCUGAUGGACAGCUCCCACCGAGAGCAACUGGAAGGUGACUUGGAGACGCUGGCCAUUGUGACUUAUUCCUUGACAUCUCUUUCUCUUCUAUGUCUGCUGCUGACCUUCUUCUUUCUGAUAUGCCUGAAAGGUCUCAAGUCCAAUACUCGGGGAAUCCACUGCAAUAUUUCUGUCACUCUCUUCUUCUCUGAAUUGCUGUUCCUCUUGGGUAUCAAUCGUACUGAAAAUCAGGUGAGAUGGGACAAAGGAGAGAAAUGUCAGUGCCAAACACCACACUCUUUCCUCUGCACUGUAAUCGCUAUCCUGCUGCACUACUUCUUUCUCUCUACUUUCGCUUGGCUCUUUGUGCAAGGCCUUCAUAUUUACCGCAUGCAGACUGAAGCUCGCAACAUUAACUAUGGAGCUAUGAGGUUCUAUUAUGCCAUUGGCUGGGGGGUCCCUGCCAUAAUCACUGGAUUAUCAGUUGGUUUGGAUCCAGAAGGCUAUGGGAACCCAGAUUUCUGCUGGAUUUCCAUCCAUGACAAACUGAUUUGGAGUUUUGCAGGGCCCAUAGCUCUUGUUGUUCUGAUGAAUGGGGUUAUGUUUCUUCUGGUGGCAAAGAUACUGUGCUCGCCAGGACAAAAGGAAGCGAAGAAGAAAGCUGUGCUCAUGACGAUGCGAAGCUCCUUCGUUCUGCUUCUAGUUAUUAGCACUGCUUGGCUCUUUGGUCUCUUGGCUAUCAACAACAGUGUCCUGGCUUUCCACUACCUCUACACUAUCCUCUGCAGUCUUCAGGGUUUGGCAACACUGAUUCUAUUCUGCGCGUUGAAUAAGGAGUUCCUGGAAGCCUGGAAAGGGGCCUGCCUGGCCAAGAAAGGCGAAGAAGCCCCCAGAAGUGGCCAGGGCCACAACGCCUACAACAACACAGCACUGUUUGAGGAGAGCGGGCUCAUUCGUAUCACCUUGGGAGCCUCCACAAUCUCGUCGGUUAGCAGUGUGCGCUCAGGCCGUACUCAUUCUAGUCAGCGGGGCUACCUCAGAGAGAACAUGAUAGCACAUCAAGGCUCGGCUCUGGAUCACAAUUUGCUCAACCAUGCUGGCCCCACUGACCUUGACGUAGCCAUGUUCCAUCGCGAUGCAGGUCCAGACUCGGAUUCCGACAGUGACCUCUCGCUAGAUGAAGAACGCAGCCUCUCAAUUCCCUCUUCAGAGAGUGAGGAGAAUGUGCAUCUCCGGGGCAGAUUCCAGAGGCCGUUCAAAAGGGCAGCCCACAGUGAGCGGCUUCUCACCAACCCUAGCGACACUGCACCCAAAGAUGUUGAUGGCAAUGAUCUGAUGUCCUAUUGGCCAGCCCUGGGAGAAUGUGAGGUACACCCCUGUUCUCUCCAGAAAUGGGGUUCAGAGAGGAAGCUUGGAUUUGAUGUUAAUAAGGAUACGGCCAACAAUAACCAGCCAGACUUGGCUUUAACCAGUGGGGAUGAGAACUCUCUCACUCAGACCCAACGGCAGAGAAAAGGCAUCCUGAAGAAUCGCCUCCAGUACCCUCCAGCUUUGCAAGGCCUGUCAUCUGUGGGCAGAAUGACCAAUGAUCUUUCCUGGUACAAAACCUCCACCUUGGGUCACAGGGCGGUCCCGGCUGCUUCUUAUGGCAGAAUCUAUUCAGGAACAGGCAGCCUCUCACAGCCAGCAAGUCGUUACUCGUCCCGGGAGCAGCUUGAUCUGCUGAUGAGAAGGCAGAUGUCCAGAGAUCAGCUGAGCCGAAACACCUCUGGAGAAUGCCUAGAAAAUAUGGCAAGCAGACACAGGUCCCGGGACCAAUUGGAUGCCCUUAUGAACAGGCCUGGGUCAAGGGAGCACCUGGACACAAUCCUCGAUCACCAUGGAUCUAGAGAACACCUUGCAAGCAUACCCAGCAGGCAUGGGUCUAGAGAGAAUAUAGGUGAAAUAGCUACUGAGCGUGAUCCAAGAGAUCACAGGAACACUCUACCCAGAAGGCAGACAUCUAGAGACCAUCUGGAUUCUUUACCCUGUAGAUUUGGGUCACGAGAACAGCUAGACUGCGGUGGGGCAGUAAGAGAAAUCUCUAGAGAAUGGCUUAAUACAAUGCCUCUUAGGCAGGCCUCUAGAGAUCGAAUGGACACCUUGCCAGCCCGAGAUACUUCUCGAGAACAGUUGGAUCUGCUUUUUAGAGGGCAACCUUCAAGGGACCAACUAACAUCAGCUAGGCAUACUUCAAGAGAGCAUCUGGACAUAGUGCCUGGCAGGCAGGCUCCUUGGGAAAACAUUGAGCCUCUUUCUAGGCAGCAACCUUCUAGAGAAAAUCUUGAACUUCUCUCCAGAAGACUGACUUCUAGAGAAAAUCUAGAAGCCAUCCCUAGCCGUCACCCUUCCACAGAGCAAUUAGACAUCCUUUCUUCUAUCCUAGCCUCUUUUAACUCUUCGGCUUUGUCCUCAGUGCAGUCAUCCAGUACCCCCUCAGGCCCACAGACCACCCCCACCCCUUCUGUGGCACAGGCAUCUUCUACACCUUCCAUGCCAUGCGCUUCACCACCUCGGUCUGCAACAUCCCACAGUAUUUCCGAGCUGUCACCAGAUUCUGAGCUGAACCCCAAAACAGGUGGGCUUCCUGAGGUGGGCAUGGAGGCAAAUGGAGAGACAGGUCACUCCAAUGCAGAAACUGCAGGUGAAGUCCUGAGUGAGUCUGAGCUAGAAAAGAUCGGCCUGAGAAAACAGAUUUUACAGUUUUCACUUUCUACUCAGAUCAGGAAAAUAAGAUGCUCAGGAUCAACUGCAAAGAGCUUGCUGUUUCGAUUCCUGCCCAUCCUUAGGUGGUUGCCACGCUACCCAGUCAAAGAAUGGUUACUAGGGGACAUCAUCUCAGGAUUCAGUGUGGGAAUUAUGCAUCUCCCACAGGGUUUGGCAUACGCACUCCUAGCAGGGUUGCCUCCAGUCCAUGGUUUGUAUUCCUCAUUCUAUCCAGUUCUGCUGUAUUUCUUAUUUGGGACAUCCAGACACAUCUCCGUUGGUCCAUUUGCUGUCAUUUCAGUGAUGUUAGGAAGUAUGACAGAGUCACUAGAACCAAAUGGAAAAUACCUGGAAGUGAUCAAUGGCACCAAUAAAACAUUUGUCAAUGAGAUCAGGAGGGAUGCAGCCCGAGUAGAGCUGGUAACUGCAGUCACCUGCUUAAUGGGUCUAUUCCAGGUUGCCCUUGGCCUGCUGCAGUUUGGAUUUGUGGCCACCUAUCUUUCAGAGCCCUUGGUGCGAGGCUAUACCACAGCUGCUGCAAUCCAUGUGCUGGUUUCCCAGCUAAAGUAUGUCUUUGGAAUCAGCCUGGAAGAGAAAUCUGGACCAUUGUCAAUGAUCUAUACUUUUGUGGAGAUUUGCUCAAAAUUACCUGGCACUCACACUGGUACUAUGGUCACUGCCUUGAUCUCCAUGGUUGUCCUUUUGCUCAUCAAGCUACUCAAUGAGAAAUUUGAUAAGAAGCUUCCAGCACCUAUCCCCAUUGAACUUCUCACGAUUAUUGUCUCCACGGGAAUCUGCUAUGGUGCCAGCCUGAGCAACAAAUUUGGGAUUAGUGUUGUGGGGGAUAUUCCCAAAGGUUUGAGAUCUCCUGAAGUCCCCAAUGGAAGCUAUUUUGGGCAGGUGAUAGGGAAUGCUUUUGCCAUUGCUAUUAUUAGCUAUGUCCUUUGCAUCUCCCUUGGGAAAAUCUUCGCACUCAAGCAUGGUUAUAGUGUGGACAGCAACCAAGAACUGAUAGCUCUGGGGCUCAGUAACAUCACUGGUAGCUUUUUCCAUUGCUACAGCAUCAGCUGCUCCAUGUCCCGUUCCCUAGUACAAGAAAGCACAGGAGGACACAGCCAGAUGGCUACAGUCAUCUCUUCUCUCAUCAUCCUGGCAACCAUUUUGAAGAUUGGAGAGCUUUUUCGCGAACUACCCAAAGCUGUCUUAGCUGCCAUUGUUAUCGUCAAUUUGAAAGGCAUGUUCAAACAGUUCAAAGAUAUUCCAGCACUUUGGAGAUCUAAUUUCAUCGACCUGCUUAUCUGGCUUGUAACUUUUGUUGCUACGCUACUCUUGAACCUUGACUUGGGACUGGCAGCAGCUGUGGCAUUUUCACUCUUCACUGUCAUCUUCCGGACUCAGAUGCCUUAUUAUUCCAUUUUGGGGCAAGUGUCCACCACAGGAAUUUACAAAGACAUUGCUGAGUAUCAUAAAGCUAAGGAAAUACCAGGUGUGAAAAUUUUCCACUCCUCUGCUACUAUCUAUUUUGCUAAUGCUGAACUGUAUGCAGAGGCCCUGAGAAAAAAGAGUAGCAUUGAUGUGUGUCAUCUCAUUGAAAAGAAGAUGAAAGCUCUGAAAAAGAAGCAAAAGAAAGACAAAAAAGAAGCCAAGAAAAACAAAAAAACGGCUAGAAAAUCUGGAGAAAACAACCCUGGAUUUGAGGAUAUGGAGAUGGAUGCAAAAUCACAAGAACCAGAGGAAGGCACAGCAGGUACAGAGAGCAAUGGGACUGUGGUGGCUUGCGAUCCCCCAAGUAACCAUCAGCCACAGUCUUGUGGCAACCCCAGUUUAAAUAGUCUGGGGCUGGAAAAACCUUCUAUCCACACAAUCAUUCUGGACUUCAGUUCUGUCACCUUUGUGGACACUGUCUCUGUAAAGACCUUAAAAAAUAUAUUUAAAGAUUUCCAGGAGAUUGAAGUGGAGGUGUUACUUGCUGGUUGCCAUGGCGUUGUCAUUACCCAGCUGGAAAGAGGCAAUUUUUUCAAUGAAACCAUAACCAAGAACCACCUUUUUGCAUCAGUACACGAUGCAAUUACCUAUAUCGCCAGGAACCGAGAACAGAGCAUGCCACACGUUGACACUGUAUUGGGGGGGAUUACUCUACGUAUGUGCAUCUCCACAGCAAUUCAGUUAAAAAUUAUGUCAAGGUUGACUACAACACUAACAUGUAAUCCUGAGAGCAGAAAACAAGAUGAUGUUCUAAACUGUGUUGCUCAUGAGAUAUGA